CCGAGGAGGAGAAGGGAGGGCCCAGCCCUCCUCCGGGCAUCAGUGUGGCCUGACGGCUAAAUAGGCCUGAUGUGGUGAUAUUCAAACGCCGGCAGUCCACUACUCUUAGGUGUGGGAACGCAAGACAUGCUCCUUACAGGCGGGCCCCUCGGGUCUUCACACAAGUCCUCGUCUCACCAGGGCUCUGGCAUGACUGGGUGGGGGAUACAACACAUCAACACGCAUAACCUCGAACUUCAAUACACAGCAGAUUCACGCCACUGCCAUUCACAAGGCCAUCCGUCGUCGGUAGCCAUCUCGGUCUCAAUCUUCAAAACGCUCAUGCAAUUACGAAGAAGUCGGAUCCAAUCCAGCCCGCCCCGCGCACCCCGUGUGCAAACCUCGGACCUCAAAGCUCCAACGACGACGAUGCACAAGCAAACUCGUCACGCUAUGCUCUUCUCCUUCUUUCACCUCACAAUCGCGCAACGCCACCGCGUCUAUGUAUGGGAACAGCUUGCUUCGAAUUUGUUCUCGGCCGCCUCUGUCGCUCUCAUCUCAUUCUUGUCUCGUCCCGGCCUCCUCCCACCCCGCCUCGGCCCCUCGUCCGCUCCUCUGCCGCGACCCAACCCUUGGAUAAGAAUGAGGCUCUGUACUAACCCGGCGAAAAACCCUCAUCCAAAUAGACACAAGAAUGCAAAACAGAACCGUACGUCUGUGACAAAAAAAGGUUGCCUUUGCCUGCUCUAGAAGAGACAUCCCCUCCCAAAUCAUUGCCCCUUGGGUCUGGCGCGCGUCAGCCGGUACACGGCCCUCGUCGCCGUAGAAAUGCUGCCAGCGACAAGCCU